AUGAACCCGGCAAUAGAAAAACGGCAUUGGGUAAUGCUCGCUCUGCAGGGUUGGUAUUCCUCACUCGCGGAGGCCAUUCCAUCUUCAAAGCUUCGCCAAAGUGUGAGUGCAAUCAGCGUCUUCGCAUCGAUGCGGACCAAAGGCUUCCGAUCUGCAGUUGCGACGCGACUCUGUUGCAUGGUGGCCGUUUGCAGCUGCCUGGCGUCCUGGCACCAGAAUUUCCUUACUGUUCCUGGGAAGGACAUUCAGCGACGCGCUCUGGCGGCCGCCUUGGCGUCGCAGGUGCUGGUUCCGUCAGCACCUGCAAUCGCUGGUGACCGAGAUCGCACGUCCAUGUUGAUUGCAGUCAGGAGAAAGUGGCUCCCACGAAUCUUGCAGAAUUACAAGAAGUUGCAGGCAGAUGGCACGGUGACAGACGAGUUCAUCUCAGGGAAGGAUUUCAAGAAGUUCAUCGUAGCCUUGGAUUCCUAUGGCAGCAUUCAGCGCUUGGAUGAGGCACCUGACAAGUACUCGCGAAAGCUUCAGGCGGAUGCCAAGGAAGUGGAGAAGCUCCUGAAGGGCAAGGAGUACCAAAAAUCUCUGGAGAUGUUGGAAGUCUUUCGGCAAGACAUUCCUGCUGGCCCGGGCAGCUUCGUGUGGACUGACGAGGGCUAG